ACAUUGUAAACUUCAAGGGCAUAAUGAAUUUGAAUGCUGGAGGAUACACCCUGAACUAUAUGUGGAGAAGGAGAAUGACAACUAUGCAGAUACAGCUAAGAAGCAGGACAUAGGGAACUCACAGCCUAUAAUGAUGUUAUCUAGUGGAAAGGUCGUGGGUAAUGUGAAUGUUACAGCAAAAGAGCAAUGGAAGGAAGUGAAGGACAACAGAGUUAGAAAUGUAGUAAAUCAAAAUACUAGUCUCACUAAUAAUGAAAUGGAGAUGGCACCACCUAAGCAGUUUGAAAAUAAUAAGAACAGGGAGGGUACAAGCACUAUAGAGAGACAAGUAGAAGCACAAAGCAGCAAUGAUAAGGAUUUGGAGGCAGUAGACAAUGAAGAUAAUGAUCAUGUUCAAGUAGCUAAUAAGUUUGCAAUAUUACAAGGGAUGGUUGAAGAGGAAGAACCUGUUAAUCAAUUGGCAAUGGUGGCAGCUAAUGUAGCAACAAACAUUUCAGCACUUCAUAACCAAGCAUCUACAAAGCAAAAACAAAAGAAUAUGGUCAAUAAUUGGGGAAAGUUAAAUCCAGCAGCACAAGCGUUUCAUCUUAACUCAUCGGGGAUUAUUUCGAAUAAUGGUCUAGACAAUGGAAAUGAGGCAUCAAAAUCAAAAAACGAUGCCGCACAAUGGGUACUUAAUAAAAAUCCAAAUUCUCAAGCAGAAGGGUCAAAAUCGUCUACAUUUAAAGAAAGAGUGCAAGAAUGUGGAGGCAGGCUAUGGGAGGCACAAAGAGAAUACGAUUCAGAGGAGAACGAAGUACCACUAGGAGCACAAGCUGAUGAUGAACCCAAUGAGAAUGACAAAGAAGAAUAUGAGCAAAGUGUAAAUGGAGAGAUUCAUGCCAAUGACAACAAUACAACUGGUUUUCAUUUAAUAAAGAAAGGAUCAAAAAAUCUUGAGCACAUCAAUAAUUUUCAGACAGCAGAAGUCACAGAAAUUAGCAACUAUGAAGGAAGAGGCCCAGAGGUGCAGCUGUUAAAAAGAGGAGAAGAGAAAGCCUUGGUCCCUAAAAAGAAUGCAUUUGGAGCUACAUCAGCAGGGACGGAAGACAAUGAAGAGGAAGAAGAACCUGGUAAAACAGGAUACGACAUGGAUCAAGAAUCAACUACCCAACACUUUAUGAAUGCUGCAAGGAAAGGUGAUUUAUCACCUACGCAAGUGGAAAAGGCAAAAUCAGCAGCAAAAGGUAAGAAGAAGCAACAAAAAGAUAAUUUUGCAGCACCAAAAGCUGGGGUGCACACAAGGAGAACGCUAACUAAAUCCAACAAUCAGUGA